ACGUAGCAAGAUGGACGCAAAAUCUAAAAACUCUCCAAUUCAAACACGGCGAACGAUGCGGAAUAGAAAUGCAGAGUCAGCAGACAAAUCUGCCACAAAAGAGGGUGAUCAGAUUGCAGUGGCCCCAACAGUGACUGUGGCUUUUGCUAAAGCAGAACUUCUUAAAGCCAAAUCAGAAAUGAACAUGUACAAGUUGAGGGUAGAGAACCUGGAGGAGAAGGUAGAAGCUUUGACAAAGGAAAGAGACUUCCUUAGGACUCAACUUUCUGAUGGUCUCAAGAAACUAUCCCAGAGACACUACACUGAAGAUCACAAGAGGGGGGAAACAUCUAAGAGCAUAAUCUCCUUACAGGAUUCAGGAUCUCACUGUUCAGACUUGGAUAGCUCUGAUUCUUCACUGGACAGAAAGAAGAAGAGGAAAUUUCAGAAGGAAUCCGAUUCUGAGUCAGACUCAGAAUCGGAUAGCUCUGAUUCCUUUGUGGAGAAGAAGGAAGAGGAAGUUGAGGAAGAAGAAGAAGGGGAAGAAGGCUAAGAAGGAGAAAAAAAGCAAAAAAGAAGGAACACAUCACUACCGUCAGCGGGGUAUGUGAAGUAUAUUUGUUUUGUUUUUAAAUCGAGUCAUGUUAGAA